AUGGCGUCUAAAGAGGAAGACCGACGGCCAAAGGCCAGCAGCCUGCGGUCUAUUAUCGCGGGUUCUACAGCCGGAGCUAUUGAGGUUGCAAUUACAUAUCCCGCAGAAUUUGCAAAGACACGAACCCAAUUAAACCACCGAUUACCCGACUCGAAGAAGCUUCCCUGGCCGCCGUUCGGCAAGCAGUGGUAUGCCGGGUGCACGACAUUGAUAAUUGGAAAUUCAUUGAAGGCUGGAAUCCGCUUUGUUGCGUUCGACAAAUUCAAAUCCCUUCUUCAAGAUGCAGACGGAAAAAUCUCUGGACCGAGGACGGUUAUUGCGGGAUUUGGCGCUGGGUUUACAGAGUCAUUACUUGCUGUAACGCCGUUUGAGAGUAUCAAGACUCAGCUUAUCGAUGACCGCAAAUCUGCAAACCCCAGAAUGCGAGGAUUCCUCCAUGGAAGCAAGAUUAUUGCCAAGGAGAGAGGUAUUCGGGGCUUUUUUCAAGGACUUGUUCCUACCACUGCGCGCCAGGCUGCGAAUUCGGCAGUGAGGUUUUCAAGCUAUACGACUCUAAAGCAGUUUGCGCAGGGUUAUGUUGCUCCCGGCGAAAAGCUCGGAACACUUAGCACUUUUGCGAUUGGAGGGGUUGCUGGUUUGAUAACAGUAUAUGCUACACAGCCAUUGGAUACAGUGAAAACAAGAAUGCAAUCUCUCGAAGCAAGAAAGAAUUACAAGAAUAGUCUGUCGUGUGCCGUGAAGAUAGUCAAAGAAGAGGGUGUCUUUACUCUCUGGUCUGGAGCAGUACCACGUCUGGCACGGUUGAUUCUAAGUGGAGGAAUUGUGUUUACCAUGUACGAGAAAACGAUGGAAGGAUUGGAUAAGUUUGAUCCUGAACGCAAGUAUUUAUGA